UUUCUUUUUUUUAUUUUCUCUCUUUCUCUUUUUUUUUUUUUCUUCCUUUCUUCUAAUGCGCCCAUUAUCUAUUUAUUCAACUGUAGAAGAAGUAGAUCCAUAUAGAACGAAAAGAAAAGUUCUUUAAAAUUAACUACACAAGCUAUAUUUCAACCCGAACCAGGGAGAACACAUUCUUAUUUGCCUUAUUCGAAUCAUGCUCUUGAUCUCACACAAUCUCGUCGUAAAGCAGAAAUUCAUCUUGAAGAGCAACCCCAUUAUGCAGCCUCGUUUGUGUCAUCAGAACUAGCUAAUGAGGAACAACGAUCCCAUCCUAACUCACUCCAUGUCUCGGUUGUUGCUGAUCAGUUUCAUAAACGACUUGCACGGAACCGUACAAUGGAACCAAGAUGUCGUCGAUUCUAUCUCUGGAUGAUCUUGAUUGUGCUCGUUAUUAGCUUUCUCAUCUUCUUUUGUUGGCCCCGUACAUUUAAGAUUCGGUUCAACAAGGCAGGAGAAAAGAUAGAACGCGUAGGUGAUCCAGCCGAUUGGGGACCUAGUCAACAACCUUGGUUAAGAGCCUCUUGGAAACUUAAUCUUACCCUCGAUAAUACAGUGAAUUGGAUACCUACUUAUGUAAAAGAGUUGGAGUUUGUUCUGAUGGAUCGAGAUACUCAUUCUCCUUUUGCUUGGUCAAGUUCCAGCUCAUUUCUAUUAAAAGCACAAGAGGAGGUGAUUUCACCUGUAUUCAGAGUGAAUUAUGAACCUCCCAGCGUAGAAGAUCCUACAUUUAAAAACUUGUAUAAUGCAUGUGGACCUCAGAUGCCGAGUGAAUUACCGAUUCUAAAUGUUACGUUACAAGCAGGUAAAAAAAAAAGGGGAAUGCUUGUUAUAAAAAUAUUAAUUAAGCAUAUUAGUUAUUCAUAUUUCAGGUCUUUUGUGGUCCUCAGUCAUGAUAGUACGUCCCAUAGAUGGACUUUAUUGUCCUUUUAAUUAAAAUUAAUUAGAAUAGUAAAAUUUAUUUUGUAUACAAAAAAAAAAAAUAUGUGUCUUUUUUUUUUUAUUAUUAUUAUAAUUAUUUAUCUUCUUUUU